UCAUGAUCAACAUCAAUGUGAUCCAACAGUUCUGCAUAAUCUAAUAAAAUAUCAUCAUAUCUUGUAUUUUUUUGGUUAAUUUUUCAAUAAAACCUUUGAAAAUUACAUGUGUUUUACACAAUAUUGUAGUGACAUGACAAUAUGAUUCCAAUGCAUUAAUAUCAAAGAUUAUAUUGAAAAAUUAACAAAAAAUACAAGAUAUGAUGAUAUUUUAUUAGAUUAUGCAGAACUGUUGGAUCACAUUGAUGUUGAUCAUGAAAAUAUUCAUGAUGAUGAUGAUGCAAAUGAUGACACGGAAGAAUCUGACAAUCGAGAAGGCGAUAUUUCUAAUGAUACAUUUCAGCGAAUUGAAAAUAUAAAGAAAAGAACAAUGUCAAAUCAAUCAAAACGUAGAACUCCAGAUACACUGCUAGUUAAUCAUAUAUUGAUCUCAUUCGAGUCAACGAACUGUGACCAAGCGAUCUGGAUUGCCGUUAGAAUAGGUCAAAAAUUAACGAUGGUGCGUACACUAUCAAUUCUAAUAUUUUUACUACUACUAUGCUACAAACAUUUGGUUUUGAGUUAUAAUCCAAUUCCAACUGGUGCUGUUAUUAUAACAACAAAUUCGACAAUAUUUGUUUUACGACCUAUUGAAUACAACGGCACUGAUAUGUUAACACCUGUCUUUACGACUAAUGGUUCAUAUCUAAUUGUAAAUACUGUAUUUGAUUCAUCGGCACGAUAUUUAUAUAUUCUCUAUGUGCAGAAUGAUAUAUACUAUAUCGGACAACUCGUCGGGUAUCAACAAAUAUCCAAUAUUUAUGUAUUAGCCUAUUCGUGGCUUAAUAAUAACAUCUCGUCAUUUACAUCUGAUAUAAAUAAUCGUCGAAUAUUUGCUGCAAGUACAAAUGAUAUUUAUGUAUUUUCUAUGGGUGGUUUGAUGUAUUCGAAUGUGGGAACAGAUUUUAAAACUUUACAAUCAAUUUAUUAUGAUUCGAAUGAUAACCGUUUCUAUGUAUUAACAUCAACAACAAUUUCCACUUGUUAUCAAUCUGGUGUGAAUAAUACAUUGACCUGUCCAUGCAGUAUUAGUUUGAGUUCAAAUUUUCGUUAUGUCACAGCUGAUCCAAAUAAUAAUGCUAUCAUAUAUUUAGUACAAGAACCAAAUAGACUUAAUACAGCAAGUAUUAAUGCCGCUGGUUGUCCUUUAGUACUUCUAUCGGAAUCAACCGUUGAUCAAUAUUCUAUCAGCUAUAUAGCGGUUGAUGGUAAUAACAUCUUUAGUGUCGCUAGUACAUCUCAAAUGGAAACUUAUACAACAUUGCUUAUCGGUAGUUUUUCAUCGCCAGCAAAAAGAAACGUAUCAGUUGAUCAAAUUAUUCUUGCAAUACAAUUAUCUCCACCUCUACAACAAACAGUACAAACUGUUGAAGAAUGUUUUCGUGGUAUUACUUAUUAUGAUUAUCGAGUAGCUGUCUGUUUAGCAGCAAUAUUUGGUACCAUAAUGGGCAUUCUAUUAUGUUUUAAUUCAUUAUUUCUUAUUGAUACACUAAUGACAAAGAGAAUAAUUCGAGAUUUGAAAAAACAAAUACCAAAAGAUCUUGUUGAAGAUAGAUGGAAUAAAUUAGUGGAAGAAAAAUAUGCUAAAGUAGCAUUAGAACUUCAUCGAAAUAAACAAGCAAAUAUACCACCACCAAAGCCAAGAUUUGAAGAUAAAGAUAAUAAUGCUGAGAGUGGUGGUGGUGAUAAAUCACGCCUUUCAGUUUCAAAUGUUACAAAUUAUAUUCGACGAAAAAGUGGAGAUUUGAUUGGACGACGUAAAUCACGAGAUCAAUCGAUUCAACCACCGCAAACAACAAUUCAUGAAACUGGUAAUGAAGAUUCAGAAUAUAAAAUGAAAUAUAAUUUAAGUCA